AUGUCUACCGAACUUGAAUCACGCCCCCAUGUCGUACUCUGGGGUGUCGCCAAGCCGCCCAAUGCACCUAGCUCGUCUGGCUUCUGCCAAAAGCUAGAAACAUUCCUCAGAUUUAGCGGCAUAUCAUACGAAGUGGGCGAGACAAUCCCAAUGAAAGCUCCCAAGGGCAAAGUUCCCUUCGCCGAUAUCAAGCAUGACAAAAAAACUGUCACUAUCUCGGAUUCUCAUUUUAUCAUCCGCUAUCUCAUCGAGAACGGGCUCAUCAAAGACCCGGACGCCGCCGCCGGCUUGACUCCUGCUCAAAAGGGUGAGUCGAGAGCAUGGCAGGCGUAUAUUGAAGAACUGCUAUACUCUGCCAUCGUUCGAGAUCGGUGGUACAUAGACGAGAACUAUGCAGUGACUGCCGAAGAGACAUUUGGUGGUAUAGCCUGGCCCGUGCGGCCGAUCAUAUCUUGGUUUUUUAGGAGGAAGCUGAUGAAGUCAAUUUGGAACGCUGGGAUAGGGCGUCACUCCCAGGCAGAAGCUCAGUCUUUGCAAAAAGAGGCUUUCGAGGCUCUCGAAGCAAGGCUGUCGGGCCACUUGUAUUUCCACGACAGCGAACAACCGACAUGCAUUGAUCUUAUCGUCUAUGCUUUCCUCGCCAAUACACUGGCAACGAGUGGGAACCCGUACUGGGCGGAUAUGGUGCUAAGGAAUCCCACCCUGCUAGCAUUCACGAAAAGGAUGACGACGCUGCUCUUCCCCGAAUACGAGCUCCUUUUACAUCGCGUUGAAGAAGCUGGCGUUCUGAGUUAG